AUGCUUCCUCGUUCUCCACCGUUCGACAUCUACUUCCAGUGCAGUAUCGACAGAAUGGGCAUCCCAGCAGACAAAAAGACAGUCCUGAUCACAGGCUGUACCCCAGGGGGAAUUGGCCACGCCUUGGCAAAAGAGUUUCACUCCAAAGGACUCCAUGUCAUCGCAACAGCCCGCAGGCCCGAAGUUCUCUCGGACUUGAGCGACUUGGGAUUGACGACUUUACCACUCGAUGUUACUGACAGCGACAGUAUCGCAGUCUGCAAAGCCAGGGUCUCCGAACUGACUGGAGGCCGCCUUGAUUUCCUGGUCAACAACGCUGGUUUGACACACACUGUUCCUGCAACCGACAUCAACAUGGACGAAGUUCGACUGACUUUCGAGACAAACGUCUUUGGCGUCAUGGCCAUGGUCCAGGCUUUUGUGCCGCUGCUGAUCCCGGCCCGCGGUCUCAUCAUCAUGAUCAGUAGCCUUUCCGCCAUCUCUCCCUAUGUCUUCGGCUCAGUCUACACUGCGACCAAAGGUGCCCUCAACUCGUACAGCCGUACACUUCGCCAGGAGCUUCGUCCGUUUGGUGUGCGUGUCAUGAUUUCUAUGACUGGUACUGUCAAGAGUCAGAUUGCUAAGCUCACUCGUGAGCUCCCGCCUAACUCGCUAUAUACUCGUGUCAAAGAGAUAUACGCAAAGCGCCUUACGUUUUCCCAAAACAACGCAACAGUGUCCACGGGGGAUUUUGCCCAACAACUAGUAGCAGAAGCCCUGAAAGGAGAGGGGUGGCUUGGUGGUUGGGUCGGAGGAGCUACCAACUGGUUCUGGGCUGGUGGCAUGGCUGGGUCAGUCUGGCUGGCUAGACUUCUUUUCGGCGAAUGGCUCUUGGAUGAAUUGGCCUACCGGAAAUUUGAUCUGCCCAAACUUGAGGCAAUCGUACGUAGGGAAAAUGCGAAGAAAGUGGAGUAG